CCGAAGAGUCCAAGACCAAGAGGGGUCAGCAUAUAUAUAUAGAAGAAGAAGGUGGACAUAGACCUUUGUCGCCAAGCUUAGCCAUUAGAUCCAUCCAAAGCGACUAAUAAGUGAGGCUAAGGUACUGUGACUCAUCAACAACUAAAGUUGUUUCAGUUUUCUUCUAUUUUCUUGGCAAAGAGUUGUAGUGAGAAUUUAAGAAAGGCAAGAAGAGGAAAGGAGGGAUUAUUAAUUCAUUUAUUGAUCAAGAGAGGUAUUAAAAUAAUGGUGAGGCCUCCUUGUUGUGACAAAGGAGGAGUGAAGAAAGGGCCAUGGACUCCUGAAGAAGAUAUCAUUUUAGUUACUUACAUCCAAGAACAUGGUCCUGGAAACUGGAGAGCUGUCCCCACUAAUACUGGGUUGCUUAGAUGCAGCAAGAGUUGUAGGCUUAGAUGGACAAACUAUUUAAGGCCAGGAAUCAAGAGAGGCAACUUCACAGAACAUGAGGAAAAAAUGAUUGUCCAUCUCCAAGCCCUCUUAGGCAAUAGAUGGGCUGCAAUUGCUUCAUAUCUUCCACAAAGGACAGACAAUGACAUUAAAAACUAUUGGAACACUCAUUUGAAGAAGAAACUCAACAAAGCCAAUCAAGAUUCUCAUCAAGAACUUGAUCAAUCAAGAGAUCGGUCCUCGCUCUCUUCUUCUCCAUCAUCUUCUUCUGCCAAUUCGAACUCUAACAUACCAAGAGGUCAAUGGGAAAGAAGACUUCAAACUGAUAUUCACUUGGCCAAGAAGGCCCUCUCUGAGGCUUUGUCGCCUGCCGUAGCACCGAUCGUUACGUCAACGUUGGCCACUACGGCGACAACAUCAUCUUCUUCUGAAUCAAGACGUUCUUCUUCCUCAACAUGCGGUUUUCUUCGGGCGCAAGAAACAUCUACCAGAUAUGCCUCUAGCACCGAGAAUAUAGCGAAAUUGCUUAAAGGGUGGGUGAAGACCUCACCAAAGACUCAGAACUCCGCUGAUCAGAAGAAUCCUCCAGAUUCUGAGACAAAAGAAGUGAUGAGGAGUGAUGAUGUUCAGGAAGACUGUGCAGGGGGAUUUCAAGCAUUUUCCGGGUUUGAUCACUCGAACGAUUGUGACUCACCAUAUCAUCAGACUAAACUUUCACCUGAUCAUGAGACUAAACAAGACAUAACUGGAUGUAGUAACCAAAGUCAAUUGUCCUUGUUCGAGAAGUGGCUGUUUGAGGAUUCUGGUGGACAGAUUGGUGAUAUUCUGCUGGAUGAAAACCCUAACUUCUUCUGAAUAACUUGGUUAAUCAGAUGGUUCUAAAGUUAGGAUCCUCUUUGUUUUUUCUUUUUCUGAUUUUUUUUUGGGAUUUCCGAAUUAACCAUGCGUAGAUUAUCGUGAGCUAAGUCUCUAGUCAUUUUUUUUUAUUUUUCUCGUUAAUUCCACAAUUAAUAAUGUUGUGUUUUACAAAUGGUCUUCUGAAUUCUUAAGGGGGCUGAAAUAUGUCCACCCAAAUAUUGAAGUAUUGGUGAAAAAUCAUA